AUGCUGAAAAAUUUAAUACGUCGAUUUUCAUCUGGUGAUUUACAGAAUGAUUUUAAAGAUGAUGAUACACUUGUUGAAAUGAAUAGUGAAACGUUAACAAAUUCAAUACCACCAGUAAAACAAUCACAACUACCACCACCACCACAACAACAACAACAACAGCCAUGGGAAAGAAAAGGAGGUCCUUCACCAUCUGCACCAAGUUCACCCACCAAAAAUUUAUCAUUUGCAAAUCAAAUGAUACAUGCUGCACGUGGUGUGGUUAAUCAAGCUAUGCAAAAACAACCAUCGUUUUCACAAGGAUCUUCUAUGAAUCAACAAUCACAAAGUUAUUAUUCUCAAAAUCAACAACAAUCGCAAUCACAACAACAACAACAGGCACAUAAAGAAAAAUGUAAAUUAUUACUUGUUAUUGAUGAUCAACAUACAGACUGGUAUAAAUAUUUUCGAGGAAAAAAAAUUUUUGCCGAUUGGGACAUUCGUGUUGAACAGGCUGAAUUCAAAGAUAUUAAUUUAGCUAGUUAUUCAGAUGCUGGUACAUUAGUAGAUAUUAAUGUUCAGCGCAGUGGAACACGUGUUGUCAGAUCCUUUCGACCUGAUUUUGUUCUUGUUCGACAAUAUGUACGUGAUAUUAAUAUCGAUUGGACAAAUAUUAUUCUUGGUCUACAAUAUGGAGGAGUGCCAGGGGUUAAUUCGAUGAAAGCUUUAUACAAUUUUCGUGACAAACCAUGGGUGUUUGCUGAAUUAUUAAAUAUUCAACGACGUUUAGGUACAGAACAAUUUCCGUUGAUAAAUCAAGCAUAUUAUCCCAAUCAUAGAGAGAUGGUGAGUAAUCUAUGGCUGAUUUCGCCACAGUUUCCAUGUGUGCUUAAAGUUGGUCAAGCUCAUCAGGGUCUAGGAAAAGUUAAAGUAGAAAAUCCGUAUGAUUAUCAGGAUAUGACGAGUGUUGUGGCAAUUAGUGGUUGUUAUUCAACCGUUGAAACAUUUAUUGAUGCUAGAUGUGAUGUAUACGUUCAAAAAAUUGGGCAAUUUUACAAAGCAUUUAUACGAAAAUCAUUGACAGGAAACUGGAAAGCUAAUACUGGUAGUGCAAUGUUAGAACAAAUUAACAUGACCGAGAGAUAUCGUUUAUGGAUUGAUGAAGUUAGUCAAUUAUUUGGUGGACUCGAUAUGUGUGCCGUUGAAAUUGUACAAACUAAAGACGGAAAAGAAUACAUUGUACAAGUGAAUGAUUCAGCAAUGCAAUUGUUAGGUGAAACGCAAGAUGAAGAUCGCCGAUCAAUUGCCGAAUUGGUAUUGCAUAAAAUGGAAAUUUAUUGCAGACCAGAUAAACAACCAACUGUUUUGACACGUGUUCCAAGCCUUACUCAGAUAAAUCUUCCAAUUCAAGCAUCACAAACUCCAUCGCCGAUUAGCAAUCCUACCUCGCAUAAUACAAUGACUAAUUCAAUGGCAAACAAUUCACGUGAACUAAAUAGACAAUUACCAAAUGUACCAUUACAAAAUAAACCAACGAACAGCAGUAUUAGUAAUAAUGUUGCUACAAAUCUCUCGUCACCGGCAACAACAGGAAGAGAGGGUCACAAUCCAUUUUACAAUCAAAGUGCUUCCCAACAAACUCAUUCUCCCCCUUCCAUUACUACAACAAGUGCCUCAACGAAUGCCUCACAUACAUUGAAUUUUCCUUUGUCAAAUACUAAUACUCCGACAUAUACAAACGUAUCCGCUCUUUCUUCUACUACUACUACCACAACUUCAGCCACCACAACACGAACAAAUCCGUCACAAUGGAUGGGAAAUAUAGGAAAUCAAUUUGGUUUACGAAGACAACCGUCUGCAACAGACGGAGAAGUAACAUCUGACAACACAAACAAAGAUGAGUCUGAAGAUACAUUGUAUAAUCUUAAACGAACAUUUGCUGGAAUAUUUGGUGAUAUGUAA